CGUUCCGUUGAUCAUCUCCAACCCUCCUUUCCAACAAGGCGGAUUGCUUCUGCGUCUGACGACAGUCAGUCCCACAAAGACACACACACAAUCACGCACGCGCGCAAACACGGUGCUGCUUAGAGCGCAGUGGCUGAAGAGGGACCGCAUCCAGGAGCCGCGCGCCAGCCUGCUUACAGAGGAGCCGCGCGUAGGAGUCGAUAACCUGUCAUCUGCAUCCCUGCCUCCUUUUUAUUACCAGCAUCCUUUCGGACUUGUUCGGGGCGGUCAGAGGAGGGAGUCCCAUCAGCAUCACUGCCUCACUAGGAGCGGUUUAUUUAUUUUUGGGGGGGAAUGCUUUUUUUCAACUGAAACGUACAUUAGAGCUGCGGUCGCUGUGGAGAAAUUCGUUUGAAAUCAGGCGGUCAGCGCUUCCUCUCAGUUUGUUUUAUGAAAGCCGUCUUUUAAAGGCGGGGGAUGGACUUGAGAUAGUGCGUCUCAAUUUGAGCGCUGGUGGCUGGCUGGGAGUUGCCGUCGCGAAGAGAUGCGAAAGCAUGCUUGGAAGCUGUGAGUGCUGUCGCAGGUAACCGAUAAGAUGGUGGCCAGGGAAGCGACUGGGCACAGCUACCUGGUGGCUUGUUGGCAGCCCAUUCUGAUUCUGAUGCUGGGCACUGUCCUUUCCGGCUCCACCACAGGUUGUCCAUCCCGCUGUGAGUGUAAUGUUCCAGAUCGCUCAGUGAUGUGCCAUCGCAAGAAGCUCAUGGCAGUUCCUGAGGGCAUUCCUGCAGAAACCAGAUUGCUGGACCUCAGCAAGAACCGCAUCAGAACGAUUAAUCCAGAUGAGUUUGCUAACUUUGCUAACCUGGAACACCUGGAGCUCAGUGAAAACACUAUCUCCACAAUUGAACCUGGAGCAUUCAAUAACCUUUAUGGCUUGCGGACAUUGGGAUUGCGUAGCAACAAGCUUAAGCUGAUCCAGCUAGGGGUAUUCACUGGCCUGAGCAAUCUCACGGAGCUGGACAUAAGUGAGAACAAAAUUGUCAUCCUGUUAGACUAUAUGUUCCAGGAUUUGUAUAACCUACGGUCUUUAGAGGUGGGGGAUAAUGAUCUGGUCUUCAUCGCUCAUCGUGCUUUUCAUGGCCUUAACAGCCUUGAGCACCUGAGUCUGGAGAAGUGCAACUUGUCUUCUGUGCCAACAGAAGCUUUUACUCACCUCCACAGUCUAAUCACUCUCAGACUGCGUCACCUCAACAUCAAUUCCAUAAGGGAUUACUCAUUUAAACGGCUCUAUCGGCUGAAAGUGUUGGAGAUUGCCAAUUGGCCAUACUUGGAUACCAUGACUACAAAUUGUUUGUAUGGAUUAAAUCUCACCUCUCUGACCAUUGCAAACACUAACCUGACUACCAUCCCUUAUGUAGCCCUACAACACCUGGUUUAUUUGCGAUUUCUUAAUCUUUCAUACAAUCCUAUUCAUACCAUUGAGGGAAAUAAGUUGCAUGACCUUCUACGUCUACAAGAGUUUCACCUGGUUGGAGGGAGACUAGCGAUGAUUGAACCAUACUCUUUCAAAGGUCUUAACUACCUUAAGAUACUAAAUGUGUCUGGAAACUCUCUUACCACAUUGGAGGAGUCUGCUUUUCACUCAGUUGGAAACUUGGAAACCCUGGCCUUGUAUGAUAACCCCCUGGCCUGUGACUGCCGGCUCUUGUGGGUUUUUCGAAGAAGAUGGAGACUGAACUUCAACAAACAGCAGCCCACAUGCACCUCUCCUGAGUUCGUCCAGGGGAAAGAGUUUAAAGACUUCCCGGAUGUUCUGCAGCCAAACUACUUUACAUGUCGCAAGUCCAGGAUUAGGGAUCGUAAACCCCAGCAGAAAUUUGUUGAUGAAGGAGCCAUUGUUCAUUUUGCCUGCCAAGCAGAUGGAGAUCCUGCUCCAGUGAUUAUGUGGCUUUCUCCUCAGAAAAAGUUCAUCACCUCCAAGACAAUUGGAAGGCUCUCUGUGUUGCCAGAUGGCACCCUUGAGGUGCGCUAUGCCCAGAUUCAAGAUAAUGGUACGUAUGUAUGUAUAGCCAGCAAUGCAGGCGGAAAUGACACGUCUCUUGCUCAUCUACACAUUCAUAGCUACUCACCGGACUGGCCACACCAACCCAAUAAGACUUUUGCUUUCAUAUCCAACCAACCUGCUGACACUGGUGCUAACGGUACAAAAGCCAAUGUCCCUUUCCCAUUUGAUAUAAAGACACUAAUUAUCGCAACCACUAUGGGUUUCAUCUCUUUUCUUGGUGUCGUCCUGUUUUGCCUGGUACUGUUGUUCCUCUGGAGCAGAGGUAAAGGCAACACAAAGCACAACAUCGAGAUCGAGUAUGUGCCACGGAAAUCAGACGCUGGCAUGAGCAGCACCACAGUAGAUGCUCCUCGCAAGUUUAACAUGAAAAUGAUUUAAAAUGUGACAUUUAAUAAUUUUGGACUUCAGCACAAGACAAAGUAGAAAAGAAGACAUUCCCCCCCCUGCAAACCUGUGGAUCAUGGUCUGUAAACAUAGAAAAACACUUUUUCUUUUCUGUCUAACUGGUGGACUUGACAGGAGGCCUUUUUCCUGAAUUAAAAAUAAUUUUAAAAGAUUAGAGGGAAUGUAAACAUACCCAGUGAUACAAAGAUUUCAACCGAGCCUUUGAGGGCAUUAUUUGAAAGUCUGAUUUGUCACACAAAGAUCAUCAUACUCCCUUGGAUAUUAAUAGGGGAAAGUAAUCAUUAAGUCAAAGCAUCCCAAACUCCAGAAUAUGGGGUCAGACCAUAAUUGGAUCAUGUUUUUUAUAUUAUUUUCUUUAUUUUAUGUCUUGUUUUUUGUGCUGUUGAUUUAAUGUUAUGAGGUUAUUGAGAUCCUACAAGCAGAUCAUAAAAGUAUCAUACACAUGCCUUAAGGCUAAACUAAAGUACAUUUUUCUUUGAAAUUUUUCUACAUUUUUCAUGUUUUUUUUCCCCACAUUCUUUCAACAUUUCUGUCACAACAAUGAACAAAACAUUGUUGUGAAUAUACAAUACCAAAACAUUUUUGAUUGCAAAAAUUGCAGUAGACAAAUUUGAAUCGGUUAUUAAUUCAAAGCCAAGAAACUGCAACAAAAGGUGGAAAUUCAAAAAUAAACACCUUGGUUAAUCGUAGAGUGUUUUAGUAUACUUUUGUUACACAAUAAAAACAGCUUAUUUAGAAUUGUCUCGUUUUAGACUUUAUGUCUGCAGAUAGAAAGGAGGAUAAAGCCUUCCAGGCUGUUAUCCUUAACGGCUGAAUUUUAUUAAUAGAUGGCUAACACGUAUUGCUCUUCAUAGUAAUUUUUACCCAGUAUUAUAAUACCCAAAAAAGACUGUACAAAUUGAAGCUCAACUUUUCAUUGAUAAUUCAUGUAACAAUGGAAGAGACCGCUGUUCUACAGUCAAAAAGAAUUACCUCUCUUGGCCUUAUGCCGCUGUAAACCCAUAAACAGUUGUUCCUGUGGAUUGGUUCCUGUAGGGCAUUUACAGAUUAAACAAAACCAGAUAUAUCAAAGGGGGAUGUCAGCAAAAAGGUUAAUAAUAUGUAUAAAGUGGUUCUAACUGAGGAUUUUGUCAUCAGAUCUGGUGGUUAAAUAAAACAAUUCUGAUUUUGUUGACACUUCCUACAAUGGCAGACUGUUUGUGCUCAUACCUUUUUGAAAUUGCCCUCAAUUAUGGUUGCAUAAAUAGCAUUAUUUUGUGCUAUAUAUGAUUCCAUAAAAUAAGAAAUAUUUGUUGUGGUGCUCCUGUUUUGGAACACAAUGUGGUCCUAAAGCUGUAGAAUAUUUCCGUCAUUGUAGGUUACUUCUUUGAAGUAUGUUCUUUUAUAGUUAUUUGUUUCCUUGUUUUUUUUUUGUUCUUUUUUGUUUUUUAAUGAUUGAUGAUUUAUUCAUGAAAGUGCCCCUUUUUUCCCCAUUAAAGCCAUGGAAAUGUUACCUUCUUGGAUCACGUACAGGUUUGCUUCUCCCCAGAAAAGUGCAUUCCGCAUCAUGAAGAAGGGGGAAGAACUUCAGCACCUUGUGCUCCCCUGUCAGUACUGCAUAUUGAAUCUAAGGGUUGAAGCCUUAACUUUUUAACUACACACAAUGGACAGCCGGGCUUUGCAAAUGUGUGUUGGAUAAAGGUAUCUAUGAUGGAUGACAUUACAGAUAAUGUCACACUGAUCACUGGAAGUAAGGACAGAAUAUGCAGAUGGGUGGACUGACAGAUGGUUUCACCCAUGGAGAAAUCUGAAGCAGCUUUGGUGUAAAACGUUUUGCAAAAA